CAAAUUUAAUAUAUUAACUAUAUUAAAUUUUGUGGGAUAAUUUUUUUUGUAGAUUAAUUUAAUAAUUUUAAUGUAAAAUGAAAAAUAGAAUAAAGUUUAAAUGCUGUUGACUUAAACAUGGUAAAUAAAAUUAAUCAUCUGGUUUUAAUCAUAUCUUUAUUGUAGGACUUGUUAUUACUUUUUUUUUAUUAAUUGAAAUUAUUGAUUCAUAAAUCAUCUAUUGGGUGACCCAUAAAACUUUGGUGCGGAAUAAUGAGCUUAGGCAAGUCAUAAGUCACAGUAACCGUUCGUACUCCAAAGUAAGCUCUUUGUUUCUACCAAAAAAAAAAUUGGGAAUGGUCACCUGAAAACAUGAGGAGUAUGAGGAUGGAGAAUGUGACAUUUAGUUUGACAUCUCUGGAUAUCAUUAAAGCACCAAUACGUCUCAAGAAUGGCCAGUGUUCGGUGUUCCUGGGGCAUUUGGGUGCAUUGCUGGAAUAUGUUAAAGAUCAAAUAGGUUGGGAUAUCAGCUUUGAACCACUAGAGCGCAAUAGAGGUGCUUUCUAUAUCGCUCGGAGUGUUGUCAAAGAGUUGCGCCUUCAAUCUUAUGUUAGUCAAGGUGCUCUAAGGUGGCUGAAUGGUCUGUUCUGUGAGGAGAUGAUACCAUAGUGUAGUGUGUUUUUGUUUCUUGCUAAUUUUUGUUUAACAAUUCAAUAUAUUGUUUUUUUUGGUAUUAAUCUAAGUGGUGUGUUCUUUGGACACACAGCGUUGGGCUUUUCUGAAUGAAUUAUUCAGAUAAAAAAAAUAUCAUUAUAUUUUUAUAUGGCUUAUGGAUAUGGAGCGUAUGAAAAGAACCUAAAAAAAAAAAAGGUGCUAUUUAACCCACUAUUUUCAGUUGGUGAAGAUAUUGUCUAGGCUUCUUCACUAAACACUUGGGAGAAUUUCCAAGAUGGAAAUAGUUCUUCUGUAAUUUUACAAUCAGACAUAUUUAAAGAAUAAAAUAUGAAACGAUGGAUAGAAACUUACACGUGAUGCUCAAAGUUUUUUUAAGCUAUGUUGUAAGUUGAUUUUGUAUCACCGGUUUGAUUUUCUAAAUUGGUUUGUACUCUUUUUUUUUGCCAACGGUAUGUAAUUUUUUUUUCACUGAAAUUUUAUUAAUGGAACGAGGUCCAACCAAACCAAGCCCAAAACAAUAUUAAACAGAACAAAAAACAAAGAUCCAAUACGGAAGGCUCGACUAAACAAACACAUUUGAACCGAAAGUCCAAAGAGACAGCCCGUCGCAGAAGAAGUCGAGCAACUCAACCACGUGUUCGAUCGCCCGGCGAUCAAUGGACACAUGUCUUGACGAGAACCAACCUUCUUCCUCCGGAGCCAGCAAAGCGACAUGACGGAUCACCGUCGACGGCGAGUAAACCCUAGAUGAAUCGUUCAAACCGAACGGCCACCAUUGAGCUCGAGCCGAUAAGUCCACAAAAUUGGCAGAUCUGUGAGAUCAACGAGAAGAUAAACCACCUACAAUCAAUCUUUAACCUCCGUUUUACUUGCAUACGCAAACAUACAUUUUUAAUGAUCCAACUAAGCCCGAAGAUGCAACAACCCGACAAGAGGGGGAGAAGAAACCAUCGGAAAAUCAGAUCAAGAGGCUGGAGAACAAUUGAAACUCAUAACCGCAGAUCGAAGAGGAACAGGAAAAUCUCAAAAAAGAUCCGACGAAAGCGGUGCUGAAGAAGCCACCACCUCUCGAAAACAAAAGCCGGCGAAAACGAUGCUGAAGAAGCCACCACCUCCUAGAGACAAAGCCGACGAAGCUGGUGCUGAACGAGUUACCGUUACUGGAGACAGAGUUGGUCGACCACCAAUGGAGAAGGUGCGACACCGGAGACAAAAAAGCUGGUCAGGAAACUCUCAAAGCUCUAUUCCUUGUAAAAGAUUUAAUUUGGAAAAAAAAAAUAGAAAGAAAAUCCUCUCUCUAAAAGAGAGGAGAGAGAACUCCAUUACUCUUCAUUUGUGAACGGUGUGUACUCAUAGUUUGGGUUAACAAAAAUAAAAUUAAAAAAUAUAUAAAAUAUAAUAUAUUUCAUUAUUUGUAAAACGCUGCGUUCGAGCUCGCUCACUGUUGAAACCCAGCUGCUUCGUCUUUGAUCGUCUUCUAGUUUCCUUUCAAAUCGUAAGUUCCCCCCCCCCCCCCCUCCUUUCAACAAUAUAUAAUGCCUUUCAUCACUCAACUACAUCUUCAUGAAUUACUCUCGACUCUGAUAAAAUCUCAUGUGAUCCCUUUUCUUUGUCUGAAUUGCGAUUGAGACACAUAAAUAUCUGAACUUGUGACCUUAAUGGAGUUUCUCAUUGGAUAGGUUCAGCUAUAAUCCCUAAUCCAUGUCUGCCCAAAGAGUCUCUUCUCGUUCUAGAGAUUCCAUCAGCAGUCUCCCAGACGAGGUCCUCGGUAAAAUCCUGUCUCUGCUUCCGACAAGACUUGCUGCUUCCACAUCGGUUCUGUCCAAACGGUGGAAGAAUCUUCUCCCCCUUGUAGACAGCCUCGAUUUGAGCGACGCGAUUGGCGAUCCACGUGGCUUCUCUGCAUUCGUGGACACAACUCUCGCUCUCUUAACCAACUCUUCAAUCAUCAAGAGAUUCUCUCUCAACUGCGAACACAAACACGACACAACCAGAGUGGACACUUGGAUUCGCACUGCCCUUGAGCGAUUCUCGGAGCUUCACUUGGAGAGCGCAUGUUUGCACGGUAUCAAAACAGAGUCCUUCACGAGCAACACGUUGCUCAAGCUCACCUUAUCUAAUGGUUUUUUUCUUUCUGGUCUUCCUCCUAAUGGCGGCGUGUUUUUCCCAAACCUCAAAACGCUUUCUCUCGUUUCGGUUGGGUUUGAGCCUUGUGAGGUGUAUGAGUAUCUCAUAACUGGCUGCCCUCUGCUUGAGGAGUUAUUCAUACGCUAUGCUUCUCCCUCGGAGUGUAGCUGGAUGGUUGUGAAUCAGUCCAUCGCAGUGUCGAGUCCUUCUAUUAAGAGAAUGUCCAUCUCUUACCCUUCUCGUGAUUACUGUGAGCCUCCCGCUAGUGAGGUGUUUAGGACACCGAGUCUUGUCUACCUUGACUAUUCUGGUUACGUGGCGGGACAUUAUCAUGUUGAUUUCACCUCGCUUGUCGAAGCUAGGCUGGAUCUUAGACGGGAGCGAGUUUUGGCUGUGGAGGAGGAUGGUGUUGAUGAUUCUAGUGUCGGUGGUUGGGAUGAGGAUGUUUAUGAUGAAGCUGUGGAGCAUAAUGCAGAGGUUCAUGAUGAUGAUAUAGAUGAUAAUGAUAAUGAUAAUGAUGAUGAUGAUGAUGAUGAUGAUAGUGAUAGUGAUGGAGAAGAGAGUUUGCCUGAUGUUGCGAAUCUGGUUGAAGGGAUAAGCAACGUUAAAACUCUUCACUUGUCUCCUUAUUUUCUUGAGGUGUUUGACAUUUGCUGUAAAUCGAUGCCGGUGUUUCACAAUCUCCUUACUCUGUCUUUUGAGAGUGACAAAGAAAGAGGAUGGCAAGUGGUGCCACUUCUUCUUAAAAACUCUCCCAACCUGGAAACUUUAGUCAUCAAGGGUCUUGUGCACCAAGUUACAGAUAAAUGCGGGGACGCCUGUGUUUGCAUAGCUAAGAAAAAGAAGAAGAUGGAGGAGGAGAAAGUAUGUUGUUUAUCGACAUGUCAAGUGAAGGUGCUAAACAUUUCAGGGUAUAGAGGGACUGGUAGAGAGCUAAAACAGAUGAGGCAUUUCUUGGGAAAUUUGAAAUGUCUUGAAACUGUCAAGGUUGGUCUUGUAGCUGAGAAUCACCACGAAGACAACAGUGUUAACAAUCACUACCAGAGAAUCACCAAUGCUCUUACUAAGCUUCCCAGAGCUUCAUCAAAUUGUCAAAUCCAUUUCUUUUGAUUUCCCUCUUAAGAAGCAAAUUAUUAGCAUGUUUAAUGAAGAGAAACUCUACCUUUUCUACUAGGAUUUUCAAAGAUCUCAUGCUUUGCUAUUUAUUUGAGGUAGGAGAGCCUCAGUUUUGAGAAUAAGUUACGAGUAUGUCUCCAAAGGCAAUGCAUUUGUAGACCAUCUGCUUCAUCAUUUCAAGUCAAAAAAUUC